GACAUUGAAGAACGUUACCUACUCAGAAGGUAGAGACGUGGAUGAAACUUUAGGAGAUGUCGAAGGGAAUGAGGGAAUUAGGUGAUGUUCGUCACGUGAACGCGUGAAUUUUUCAACUACGAAUUGGCAUGAUUGGAUUCGAGACCUUCACCUCAUGAGAUUGUCAAACGCGUUGAAAGCACUACCAAGAAUGAGAGCAACGCACGUCAUAUACUUGAUCAAUUAUGGAAAACACUCAUUCAAGUAUGAUGAUUUAUGAUUCCGAGGACCUUACGUUUUGAGCAUUCAAAGUGAUAACAUGAUUUCUUGAAAUGGCCAUACGUCUCACAACUCCCCGCCUAUCAACGUAGGACAAUCCAUCUCCCGGGAAUUCUCGAAAUGGCUGAAAUAGAUCAUAUGGCUCGGACAGAAGUCUCGAGUCCUCCAGUACCAGCUCAUCCAAUAACAGCGGAUCAAUUGCUUGAAUUGGAAGAGCGGCAACGAGCGCUAUUCAAUGAGAAAGAUGAUGGACCGACACGCAUCAAAACAGGAUGUCAGGAAAUUGAUGAUUAUGUUCUCUGUGCCGGCAAAGAUAAUUUAAAUGGAGGAUUCGAAAGAGGAAUUGUAGUAGGGUUGAGUGCUGCUGAUGGAGAUGAAUCGACAGCUAGUCGAAUGAUAUCUCUCAAUCUCAUAGCAUCAGUCCUCCUACAAAACAUCGAUUUGGUAGAUGCCAUUCAGAAGUCCCAGAGUGAAUCGGGGAAUAGCAUCAAGCCAAAAGUUGUGGUAAUCGAUACAACUGGUUCCUUUGACCUUCCUCUUUUAGUCAAAAUCUUGAGAUCAAGGCUCUUGGAGAGAAGAUAUGAGAUGAGGAGUAGGGAUGAUAUAACUAAGAAUCUCAAUGAUGGCCAUAAUCCAAAUGAAAGCACCGAGAUCGACAUACGAAAAGUAGUCAAUGCAUUAUUGGAGCUGGUUGCUAUCAGUAGAGUCUUUGAUAUUGAGGGGUUACGGGAGGUAUUAAGUGAGCUAGGACGACCAAAUGACCAGCCCAUAAACAAUGGAGGCGAUCAAGAAAUACCCAAAAUCACACCAUCACACACCAGCAAACCUGUCGAAGGAGAAGUAGAGCCACUUCACAAGAUCCCAGAUGAAAUCUGCGAUAGCGAAGACGAAGACAUCGAAUUAACACCACCACCAGUCAAACCCACAGCACUGAACCCCAGCUCAAUAGAAACCCGUCCCGAAAUACUAAUCAUAGACAGCAUGCACUACCUAAUAUCCCAUCUCUUCACACACUCCGAAAAGGUGUCGGCGCACACUCUCCUCUCCCUCCUAUCACGAACUCUCCACACACUAACCCGUACUCAAAAUAUCCUCACCAUCCUCCACAACACCACCAUCUCUACCCAAGCCAACUUCACAACCCAACACCUUCCUCGUCAACCUCCCCCUCCAACCACCCACUCAAUCUUCAGUUCCCCCGGCCAAAAACCCUCCUUAGGACGCAUCUUCGACGACUUCCCCAACCUCCACAUUAUGAUCUCCAAACUCCCAAAGAAGCGCGAAGACGUCGAGGUCCUCUCCAGCCGCGCUAACCACCCAUCGCAUUUUGGAAACGAGAACGAGAACGACAAUGUGACGUAUAGUUUUGUAUUUGAGGUUUUGAGGGAUGAGUGUCCGGUUUUGGGCGGGGAUAGGCGGUUAGGGAGGAGGUUUGGGGACAGGGAUGAGAGGUGGGGGGUUUUUGAGAUGGGGGUGGAGUUGGGGAUGGAGAGGGGGAGUGAGAUGAGUAGUUAAUGUGUAAUGAACUGGGGAAAUGUGGAAAUGGAGAAGAAGGGGGUUGAAAUGAUUGAUAGACAGACAGACAGAAAGACAGAUAGAUAGAUAGAUAAGUACAUCUUUCGCAUACCCAUCCUAUAUCUACCUAUAUCUAGUAUAUAAUCAUAAUCGACUUGCUUA